AUAACGCACUAGUAUAAUACAACAAAUAGUAGCUUGCAGGAUCGAAACCCCUCCGAUCAUACCGAUUGCGAAAUCAUUAUAUCCAGUCCUUUUUCAGUAGUUGUUGUCGUUGCUCCUGCUUUUGGUCUUGCUGCUGCUGAUAUGGGUGGAAUAUCCGGUUGUGAAAGUAUGCUUGGCGUUCGGCGUGAUCUUGUUGCUGCUGUUGCUGCUGCUGCUGCUGCUGUUGAUGCCGUUGCUCCUGUUGCUCCUGUUGUAAUAGAAGUAGCAUCCGAUGUCUAUCAUACUGCUGUUGCUCCAAUUGGGGUAUGUCUUGCAUAGAUAUUGCAUGUGGCUGAUGAUGUUGUUGAUCGAAUUGUCGAUGUUGCUUUUGAUUUCGUUGUCGAUUGCGUUGUUGCUGGAGUUGCAUUUGAAUUUGUUCCCGAAAUUGUUGCUGUCGCUGUUGAAAUUGGAUUCGUUGUUGUUCAAUUUGAGAGAAUGCGUCGUCAGAAGUUUGCAUUGGUUGCAGCUGUUGAGAGAUUUGUAGCGACAAUCGCCGAGGCUCUUCUAGUCUUAGCUGCUGCGGCAAUUGCAGCGACAAUCGCCGAGACUCUUCUGGUCUUCGCUGCUGCGGUAAUUGCAACGAUAAUCGUCGAGGCUCUUCCGGUCCCUCCCUCGAUUCCAAUUGAAUUUGAGAUGGUAGCAAUGGAUCGUUGUAUAGAUUAUCGAUAAUCGGCAAAGGCUCAAGUAGCGUGUCUUCGAUGUUAUUUUGGGCUGUGUAGCUUUCUGCUUGAAAAUUUUCCGUCAUAGGAAAAUUUAUAACGCCAUCAUUCUGUUUGUCAGUUGUCAGCUUAUACCUCUUAUUAUGAAUAUUCUCAAUAUUCUUUUGGCUGCCUUGCUGUCGUUUUGCGACUUCGCGUUUUUGUCGAAGUUGUUGUCGAGCAACCGACAUGUCUCGUAGUGCAUGCCCUACCUUUUUUCGUGCUUCCGUUUCGUCCAACUCGAUGUAAUAGUAGUCUUCGCAUUCAUCGUCCCCGGAAACCUUUGUAGAAGGGGACUUCGUUUUCUUCAGAAAUCGUACGCCGACGUCUUUUUGAAGUACGUUGCAAACCGAUUUUAUAACAUCUGCCUUUUGUGCCUUGGACUUCGCGGCUUCGUACCGCGGGAUGUUGAUACCAAUCGAGACCCUGAACCUGCGGUUGCCGAUGUUGUUAAAAGUUGCCUUGUCUCGUCCGCAAAGAAUGUCGUACGGUCGGAGAUCCUCCGGUCGAAUGUAAUGCGUUUUUGUCUUUUUUUGGUCUUUACUGAAUUGUUUAGAUGACGAAGAAGAAGACGCUCCCCGAUGACAAGGUACCCCGAUGUUUGGCAAAUAUUGCGAGCUGCGAUUCAUUUUUACUCCCGUCCGUUCUUCUCUUUCUGUGAACCUGCACAUCAUAAGCAUAUAUGUGC